AUUUUGUUAAAGUUAUUUUGUCUUUGUUAGCUUGAGAUUUGUCAAGGUUUUGUCCUGCGUCUGUGUUUGCGUGAGUCUUAGACGUCAGAUUCUGUUGCAAAUCUUCCUGAGCCGUUUGUUCGGCUGCAGAGUCUGUCCUUGUAUCUCGCUGGGAUUUAUCCCCCCUCCUCUCCUGCUCCGCUCCUUUCCUUUUCUCGUUUUUUGUAAUUUAUGCUCACAGAGGGGAGGGGAUUUCCUCCAUAUACUUGGCUUUAUGUUACCGGCAGAUCAAUAAACAUGUUCCCUUGCUGUCCUCUCGAUCUCCAUCUCUUUCUAUCUCUCCUUCUCCCGUCCACAUCUGCUCAGUGGUCAAUCCAUUUAAUGCAGUCCCCGCUGCUGCGCUGCUCUCGCUCGCCUCGUAUCAGCCGCCUCCCCUGCCCCGACUCUCUUCCCGCCCUCUCCCGCUGCACAGGUGAUGUCAUUCUUUUUCAGCUGGAUUCCCCUCCCUUCCCCUGCCUCUCCAGCUCCCACUCUCUCCUCCGCUUCCCAUUAGCGGCAGACUCUUCUCCGUGCAGCAUCCGUCCGCGGCGGCUUCUCUCUCCAAGGCUGGGGAGGGGGAGGAGGAACACCGGCGUGAGGAGCGAGCGUUAGCCACUGGAUGGUUGGAGCUGGGGAUUCGCCGGAGCGGGAUCGCUGGGAUCGCUGGGAUCGCUGGGAUCUGGCAUGGAGCUGCACGCCGCCGCUCACGUUUCCAUCGCUGGAGCUUUAUAGUUGCAAAGAGACGGAGAAAGGAGUUUGUCAGAUGCAGAUGGUUCACGCCUUGUGGACUUGAACCCUGAGAUGAAGUUUUUUCCAGCUUCUUACUGGAUCUUUAGCAGGACAAAACUGACUUAACAGCCUUUUGACAAAAGUUUGCCAGGUUUAACAAAUCUUUGUUUUCUUACUAAAACUUUCUUGCUUAAGUCGAAGCUUGCAAACUUUGGUUCUGCCUUGACUUGAACUACCUAAUUAAUACAAACGUCUUUUUCUUGAACGCAUCUGGACGGUUCUGUUGCAGCAGAGAGAGAGAAAGAGUGGCGUCAGCCGUCCCCCUCUUAUUUAUUUCUUUCCUCCUCCUUUCGGCGAAUAAGGGGAAACUUCCCCCUCUCCGGCUCCCUCCCGCGUGGAAAUGGCUUUCCUGGUCCGUUGCUAUGCCAACUGCCUGCAGCCGUGGUCCUCCAAACUUCCUGCUGAUCUCAAUAAGAUGCACCUGACGGACCACGCCCACCAGCAGGUGAUGCACAUGGCGCCCAGCCAAUCAGGCUGCAGCAUAACCAGCGACUCAGGCAGCAGCAGCUUGUCGGACAUUUAUCAGGCCACAGAGAGCGACCUGGGAGACGUGGAUCUGUCUGGACUUCCAGAGGCUCCAGUGGACAGCGAGGAAGAGGAGGAGGAGGAUGAAGACCUGGAGAGAGCGUCGGACGGACUUCUGGGCCGGGACGUGGUCCGAGAGUGUCUGGAGAAAGACCCAGCCGACCGCAACGAUGACGACAUCGAACAACUGCUGGAGUUUUUGCACCAGCUGCCUGCGUUCGCCAACAUGACCAUGUCCGUACGGCGAGACCUGUGCAGCGUCAUGGUGUUUGAGGUGGUGGAGCAAUCUGGCACGGUCAUCCUGCACAACAAGCAAGAGCUCGACCACUGGUAUGUGAUCUUGAAUGGAGUCGUGGAGAUCAGCCAUGCAGAGAGCCGAACAGAGACUCUUUGUAUGGGGAACAGCUUUGGCAUCUCGCCCUCACUGGAUAAGCAGUACAUGAACGGAGAAGUUCGCACCAAAGGAGACGACUGCCAGUUCGUCUGCAUCGCCCAGGAGGAUUACUGGCGCAUCCUCAACCACGUGGAGAAAAACACGCACAAGGUGGAGGAGGAGGGGGAGAUCGUGAUGGUGAAGGAGCACCGCGAGCUGGACCGCAGCGGCACCAGGAAGGGACACAUUGUCAUCAAGGGAACUCCAGAGCGUCUGAUCAUGCACCUGGUGGAAGAGCCGUCGGUGGUGGACCCCACCUACAUCGAGGACUUCCUGCUGACCUACAGGACCUUCCUGUCCAGUCCCAUGGACGUCGGCAGGAAACUGCUGGACUGGUUCCAGGUGGACUGCUACCGGGACACGGUGACGAGAAUAGUGCUGCUUUGGGUCAAUAACCACUUCAACGACUUUGAGGGCGACUCGGCCAUGACGCGCUUCCUGGAGGAAUUUGAGAAACAUCUAGAAACAUCAAAAAUGAAGGGUCAUCUGAGGUUGCUGAACAUUGCAUGCGCAGCCAAGGCGAAGUGGAGACAGAUCACGCUGCAGAAGGCGUCCAGGGAGUCGCAGCUGCAUUUCAGCGUGCAGGGAGGCAGCGAGAGAGGAUUCGGCGUCUUUGUGGAGUCGGUGGAAGAAGGAAGCAAAGCGGCCGAGACCGGACUCAAGCGAGGGGAUCAGAUCAUGGAGGUUAAUGGUCAGAACUUUGAGAACAUCGCUUUGUCCAAAGCCGUGGACAUCCUGCGAAAUAACACACACCUUUCUCUCACCGUUAAAACCAACAUCUUUGUGUUCAAAGAGCUGCUGAGCAGGAUCAUGCACGAAAAGAAAAACGGUGGGCCUCACAUUCCUAAGAUCCAGGAGAAGAAAGGCAACCGUUUCUCCAUCGCCGACUUUUCCGGAGACAUCGAGUUUCCCACGGACAGCAAAAGCACCCGGAAGAUGAAAGCGAACACCGUGUCGGGGGGACGCAACAAGAUCAGGAAGAUGCUGGAGAAAACGCGCUUCAGUAUACUGCCGCCCAAACCAUUCAGGGGCCUGUUUGGUGACGGCGGCCUGGGUCAGAGUCAGGACGACAGCAUCGUGGGCACCAAACAGUGUCGUCACAGCGUCGCCAUCAUGCCCAUUCCUGGAAACUUGUCGUCAAGCAGCCCUGACCUGCUGCAGCCGGCGACCAGCGUGCUGGACUUCUCCAACCCGGCCGCUCUUGGAUUGUACUACAUCCCAGACCAGGUUAUCCGCGUGUUCAAGGCGGACCAGCAGAGCUGCUACAUCAUCAUCAGCAAGGACACAACAGCCAAGGACGUCGUCACCCACACUGUCAACGAGUUCGGCCUCCUGGCGGCGUCGGAGACCUACUCCCUGUGCGAGGUGUCCGUCAGCCCGGAGGGGGUCAUCAAGCAGCGCCGGCUUCCCGACCAGCUCUCCAAACUGGCCGAUCGCAUUCAGCUCAACGGCAGAUACUACCUGAAGAACAACAUGGAGACGGAGACGUUGUGUUCAGAUGACGAUGCUCAGGAUCUCCUCAGGGAGAGUCAGAUCUCCCUGCUGCAGCUCAGCACCAUGGAGGUCGCUGCCCAGCUGUCAAUGAGAGACUUUGAACUCUUCAGGAACAUCGAGUCCACAGAGUAUGUGGAGGACUUGUUCAAGCUGGACUCGUCUGCUGGGUGUACGAACCUGAAACAGUUUGAGGAGGUGAUAAACCAGGAGACCUUCUGGGUGGCUACUGAGAUCCUGAAAGAGCCAAACACCCUGAAGAGGAUGAAGACCAUCAAGCACUUCAUCAAGAUCGCUCUGCACUGCAGGGAGUGCAAGAACUUCAACUCUAUGUUCGCCAUCAUCAGCGGGCUGAACUUGGCGCCGGUGGCUCGACUGCGGAGCUCGUGGGAGAAAUUGCCCAGUAAGUAUGAGAAGCUCUUUGAGGACCUGCAGGACGUUUUUGACCCGUCCAGGAACAUGGCCAAGUACCGCAACGUGCUGAGCAGCCAAAGCAUGCAGCCGCCCAUCAUCCCACUGUUUCCUGUGGUCAAGAAGGACCUCACCUUCCUGCAUGAAGGCAACGACUCCAACGUUGACGGCCUUGUGAACUUUGAGAAGCUGAGGAUGAUCGCGAAGGAGAUCAGACAUGUGGUGCGGAUGACCUCGGCCAACAUGGACCCCGCCCUCAUGUUCAGACAGAGGAAGAAGAGGUGGAAGAGUUUAGGGUCUUUGAGUCAAGGCAGCACCAACUCCAACAUCCUGGACGUUCAGGGUGGAGCCCAUAAGAAGCGCGUGCGCCGCAGCUCCCUCCUGAACGCCAAAAAGCUUUACGAAGACGCUCAGAUGGCCCGCAAGGUGAAGCAGUACCUGUCGAACCUGACGGUGGAGACGGAUGAGGACAAACACCAAAUCAUGUCCCUGCAGUGUGAACCAUCUUACAACACAUUGGGCAAAAACCUGAGCGAGAGGCGGACAAACAAGUCGGACAUGUCUCCGGUGUCCCUCAGGGCGACGUUACCUUCAGGGAAAACUCAGAACAGGGUGUCACAAGUCCUGCAGGUCCAGGUGCCUCUGAACCCUCUGAGGAAGAAGAGCAGCGCCAAGGACACCGGCACCCCCAACUCAAAUUCUCCGCAGGUGGUGAAGAAACCUUCGGCGAACUCGUCAGAUGAGUGGAGCGCCAAGAGGCCGUCUGAUGACACCGUUUCCAUGGUGUCAUCGCUCCACUCCAGCCCCACCGUGUCGCCUCAGGGUUCGCCACGCAAAGUUGGUGGCGCCGCAAAAUCGCAGAACUCCAGCCAGAUGAACUUAUCGGGAUCCUCGUCGUCGCUGACCAGCGACGCCAGCACAAAGACGGGCACCAUCAGUCUGCGCAGCUACGGCAUAGGUUGUCCCCUCCUCCCCUCUGCCAAAUCGGACAACCUGUCGGACUCCAGUCACAGCGAGAUCUCGUCCCGCUCCAGUAUCUGCUCUGUGGACUCGGCGCAGGCCUCCGGACCGGACGACCGCUGCAACCGGGCCGGCUCCGGUACCGCUGCCGCCGUCGCUGCUAAUGCUACGGCCGCGACGGCUGCUGUGGUCGCUGAGGGCACAGCGGCAUUAAAUGCACACCUAACUGCUGAUUACAGCCAGCCCAGCACCAGCUCUUCAGUCGUGGCUCGAGGAGGGCAUGCAGCGCGACCUUUCACCUCCUCCGUCUCCACGGAGGAGCUGAUCCCGAACCACGCCUCCCUGUCCCUGGACUCGGUGGUGGACAGCGGCCGCGGCAGCUGGACUUCCUGUUCCUCCAACUCUCACGAAUCCUUCCAAAUCCUCCCCGCCUCAUCCUGCCGGCCCUGGGACCACGGGAUCCACGGCCACCCGCUCUCCCUCCCCCACACGCACCUGAGCGGCUUCAAACACCCGGCGCCGGGCCGGACGACGGCCGAGGCGGACUCCGCCGGGCCCUCGUGGGCCGGCGACGCCGCCGCCGGCCGCCACACCAGAGACUCCAGCUCAGAUCUGAGCGUGGCGGCGCGGGAGAGCCGCACGUCGUCGGGCUCCCUGUCGGACAACUACGAGGGGAAUUACGGAACGAUAAAGCGGCGAAACGCCUCGGAGCUUCCUUCCUCGCCGGCCAACGAGGAAGGAGGGCAAAGCGCAGACGCCUCGUACAAAACGGUGACGUCGAGCACAGAGAAGGGCCUGAUAGUGUACUGUGUCACGUCCCCCACUAAGGACGAGCGUUACCGAGCUCCCCCUCCCACCCCUCCAGGCUACCAGGGUCUGGCUCUGGGCGACCUCGGGGUCGCAGACGGAGUAGGCGGCGGGCCGGGGUCUCCCGCCCCCCGACCUCCUCACCUCAGACCUCCAGACUACAGCGUGGCCCUGCAGAGGAGCAAACUCCUGCAGAGCCCCAGAGCGGCCAGCGGGCUGGCCGAGGCGCGGAGGCUUCACCUCCGAACGGCCAGCCCCGUUCAGGGCCGGUCCAGACCGCCCAGCGCCGUCCCCCCAGCGCAGGACCUGGCUGACAGCGAGGACGAUGAACAGGUGUCGGCGGUGUGAACUCAUCAGCCUGGGGUCAUCAUGUGACCUCUCCACCUCUGGCCUUUUAUGGACCCGUUUCACAAAUCAGACAUUUUACAGACUUUUUUAAAUGAGAACUUCUGAACAAAGCUGGAAGAGGCGAUGGCAUCGCAGGAGACAGACUUUCAGCAGCAGGACGGAGAGACGACGUUUAUGCCUCGCUGGGAAACCGGAGCGCCGUACCUCCGUUCGCUCUCCAGGCUCACUGCUCUGCACGUUUUGCUGUCUUUGCUUUAACUCCACGUUUUGUUUCAUCGGCUGGAUUUCUGAACUUGCAAAUGUGAACGCCUUGGUUUCAGUCUUUUUAACUGGAAUGUAAAUUAUGAAGAUCUACGGCUCUCAAAACAAAUGAUUAAGAGAGUUUUAAGUGUUUUAAGAAUUUGUUUUGCGUUCCCUCACAAUAAAUGAGCAAAAACAAUGCUCUGUUUUACAAACAGCCCCAAAUGCCACAUUUAAAGAAAACAUGUUUAUACAUUCGUAACUUUCUGGUGCAUAAAUCUGAUUGAAAAUCGAUUUAUUAACUGCAUGUUUACAUGUAUCUGAGCUGUGGCUGCAUAUAGAAACAAUCUUUUUUAACAUUUCGGCUACAAGCACAAAAACCAAUCAAAACUAUCAGGUGUCUUUAAAAUAGCGCAAUAGUUUCUGUCUUCAUGUUAGAAGAGAUGGAAAGAGAGCUUUUGUAUUUUACUCGUAAGUUGGUGAAUUUUUAUCCUAAAUAAAAAGAGAUAGAACUUCAGAUUUCUCAAAAACGAGACAUUAAUGGACAGAAACCUUUUAAUAGCAGAAAGACUUUCAGUAUUCAGUUAUGCUGACGUGUAAAUUAUUGUGAUUGAACGCAAAAGAAAAAAAAAAUCCAUAGUUUUCUAAUUGUUAAAACCUAAAAUGCAUUGAUGAAUAUUUUUCAAAAGAUGGAAAAAGAGAAAAUCUUCAGAAAUCCCUCAUGUCUGCGUCGCACUUACCGUCCCGUCCUGAAACUUUGCGUCGCUUCCUCCUCCUCGCUGAGCGUCGCUGCUUCCUGCUGGUUCUAUAAAACCUGGAUUCUAAUGAGCUGAAGAACAAACGCCUCGCUGCCUCCUGCAGCGUGAAAAACCCAAUUUACCACAGCCGCAGUAAUAAAACAAUAAAUUAACACACACACACACCCAAAGGACAGUGUUUACGUGGAGGCGUCUGUGUUUUGUUUGCAGUGUUUACUGGUUAUCUGUGGAGUUACGAGUCUUUGUCUUCGCUGCGCCUCGUCUGGGUGAGAGGAGCUACAAAAUAAUGCUGCGUCAGCAAAAAAUAAUGCUGCAUAAGAACAAAUUUACAUCUGAACCCUCUGCAGUCUGCCUGGCUUACAUCUCCCAAAAUACGUGUAUUUAGUAAAAUAUUUAAAGAAAACGCUCAAAGAUUUGUUUUGAAAGCAGGAGCAGAUUUGUACAGAAAUGAUUUUUUUUAGUUUUUAACUGGAAUCGUUUUCUCUGCUUCCCUCCGUCUCUGUUCUGUUUGCUUCCUGUAAUUUGCUUUUGCCACACAAACACUUGAAAUGAUCACUGCUAAUAUAUAGAAGUAUAUAUGGAUACUCACAGCAGAUAUAUAAAUUUGUACAUAUAUAUUUUUGCUGUUCCUUUGCCAUAAUUUAAUGUAAACUGAGUCUGUAUAAAUGUGCAGAGAGGAUAUUUUUGAAUACUUUUGUUUAAAGUUUUGGCGUUUAAAGGAAUUUGUUUUGGUUCUUGUCAUUUUUUUUUUGACGCGUUUUCCCCGUUUUGACGCUUUGGAUCUUUGAGUGUAAAUGCUGCUGAGUUUUGGGAGGAUGUAGCAGUGUGUGUGUGUGUGUGUGUGUGUGUGUGUGUGUGUGUGUGUGUGUGUGUGUGUGUGUGUGUGUGUGUGUGUGUGUGUGUGUGUGUGUGUGUGUGUGUGUGUGUGUGUGUGUGUGUGUGUGUUUGGGAUCAGAACAAGUCUUUUUUUUUUGCGCUGCUCUCACAUUAUUUCCAACACAGAACUUCUGUAGUUGCAGUUCUGCUUUGAAGGCUCGUGCCUUUGUGACACGAGGCGAGUUCAUCCAAACUCCUCGCCUGAAAGGAGCUUUUUGUUGCCAAUAUGUCUGAACUCAAGAGAAAAAUCCUCCCUCUAAUUCCACAUUCAGCUCAACAUCAAACUUUCUACCUGCCUGCUCCCUCUCUGCUCAGCUGAAGGCUUUUAUUUUGGCCCUCAGCUCUUGAUAUUCUGUCUUUUAUGUCACUUUAACGUUUUGCACAAUUUCUUUACUUGUGUUCUUCUACUAAAAUCAGUGUUAAAGAAAUUACAGAAUCUUGUGCAAAGUUUUUCAGAUUUUUUUUGAAAGAGAAAUAAUGAAAAAAUUCUGUUAAAGUAUAGAUAAUAUUCUAAAAUAAAACGCUAAAUAAGUGAACUAGCUUUGCAAAAACGUGAAUCUUUACGUCUUGAUUUCCAAAGAGGCGCCAAAUUUUCCAAAUCCAGCUUGUUUCAUUACAGGUUGGAUUAAAGUUCAAACCAAUAAAGAAAUCAAUUGAUCUUGUUCCUGCACUGCAAAAACACAAAUAUCGCAAAGAACUUGAAAUAAGAUUAAACUAACUUACAAGUAAAUGUUCAGCAAAAUAGAAGAGCUUGUUUUAAGUCAAAAAAUACUUAAUAUUGAUGAAAAUCUUCUACUCUAUUCACUGAUAACAGAUAUUUUUCCUAUAUCAUCAGUGAAAUAAUAUGGAGGAAUUAUUGAUUUUUAAGAAUAGUAAAUCUUGCUGAAAGGUUACUUAAAAGCCCCAGCUUUAUUAGUUAGUUUUUUCUUAAGAUAUUUGCACUAAAAAAAGUUUAAAAUCGAUCAAACAAACGUUUUGUCUUUGUGUGUCUAGAAUAUUAUUCAAUCUUUGAGCUGAAAACUUAAUUUCUUGAUUUUUACUUCAGUAAAAAUUGCAAAAAAGUUUUAUUUUUUCCCCUCUUUUUUUAAUUUAAUUCAAGCAUUCUUAGAACUCAAAAUGCUAAUUAGUGUUUUUGUGAUUAAAAAGCCCCAGCUUUAUUGUUUCCUCUCUAAAAAAACAAUCUGAACUCAUGAUUGUGUUUCUUUGAAAAUAGAAGGAGCAAAACAACAAUUCCCUCACCUCAGAAUAUAAUUUAGCCCUUUGUCUGUUUCUUUGUUUCCUGGAACGCAAUAAGAGAGAUGUGUGUGUGUGUGUGUGUGUGUGUGUGUGUGCGCGUAUGUGUGUGUGUGCGUGUGUGUGUGGGGGUGUGUGUGUGUGUGUUUGGGUGUGUGUUUGUGUGUGUAAACGUCUUCUGGCAUUACAGCAGAAAUGCACAAUAAGCUUAAAUGUGGAGAGUGAGCUGCACAAUCCUGUACAGAUUAUAAACUCGGUCUGUAGCUAAACGUUGGCUUUUCGUCUCACCUAUAGAUGUUGUAAUUUAUGUCUUUUAGAAAGACAAACAUGAAUUUAGCUUGUAUGCUUUUUAUGUAUUUUUUACAAGUGAUUGUAAAUAGUUGUUAUAUUUUUGUUUAAAAGAAUGUUUAAAAAAGGAACAAUUAACUUUUAUUUCUUGGAGUCUACUGAUAUUAAUUUGGACUAUAAAUAAAAUGUUAAACUGA